CGAUCCCCCCGCUGAAAGCCCCGGCAUGCCAUGGACACCGCUUCACACACGAUGAGGAUUCACUGCGAGCCCUUGUGUCUCACAGGAGAAUGAGGAAAAGGAGGAACUGGAAACGUGGGGACCACCUUGGAAAGUUUCAGUGAAGUCUCAAUGAAAGCGUCGGAAGAGCCCCUCUAGAUUUUGACUCAAUGGCGAAGAAAGGGCGUACGAAGGGCGAGAAGCCCGAGGCGCUUAUCUCUGCCUUACAGGCAGCCAAUGAAGAUCUCAGGUCCAAGCUAACUGACAUUCAGAUAGAGCUGCACCAAGAAAAAUGCAAGGUGAGCAAACUGGAGCGAGACAAGGUGCAGGAGGUGAAGCGUGUGCGCGAGCAGGAGCAGCACCGCCACACUGCCAUGCUGACGGAGCAGAGGGCCAAGUGGCAUGAGGACAAGCAGAAGGAGCUCCAGGCGCUCAGGGAGAACCUGACACGGCAGCACGAGCAAGAGCUGGCCCGCCACGCCAAAAUCAAAGAUCAGGAGAACCAGAGGCUCAAAGCCGCGCUGAGCGCCAUGCGCGACGGCAGCGGAGAGAAGGUGCGCACGGCGCUGACUCUGGAGGCCAAGGAGGAGGCGCGGCGCUUCUUCGACCAGGAGAGAGUGAAGCUGCUGCAGGAGAUCGCGGAGCUGAAGACCUCCAAGAAGCAGACCGACGAGGCGCUCAGCAACAUGAUCCAGGCCGACAAGAUGAAGGCCGGAGACCUGCGGGUGGAGCACCAGCAGCACCAGGAGCAGAUCUCCAAGAUCAAGUGGGACUGUGAGAGAGACAUCCGCAGACUGGUAGAUGAAAUCAAAUCUAAGGACCGCACCAUAUUCUCCCUGGAGAAGGAGCUGGAGUCGACGACAGGUUUCCUGCAGAAGCUGCAGCUUCAGAAAGACGCGCUGGACGAGCAGCUGUUUCUUGUCAAAGAGGCCGAAUGUGGCCUUGGAAGCCCGAAAAGAGAGAUCCCGGGCAGAGCCGGAGACGGCGCGGAGCACUGCGGCAGUCCGGACCUGAGGAGAAACCAGAGGCGCAUGGCUGAACUCAACUCAACUAUUCGCAAAUUGGAAGACCGCAACUCCAUACUGGUGGACGAAAGAAACGAACUGCUGAAGAGAAUUCGAGAGUCGGAGAAGCAGUGCAAGCCCCUGCUGGACAAGAACAAGCUGCUGAGCAAGAGGAACGACGAUCUGACCAAAUCCAUCCAGAAGCUGGAGGAGAAAAUGAAGAGCCUGGUCAAGGAGAACCUGGAGAUGAAGGAGAGAAUCAGCUCCAAUCCUCCGCUGAAGAAACUGAAGUCGCUGAAUGACUUGGACCAAGCCCACGAUGACCAGGAAAUAGCCUUUCUCAAGCUUCAGGUCCUGGAACAGCAAAGCAUGAUCGAUGAACUCACAAGGGAUCGAGAGAAACUACUCCGAAAGAAAAGACAUAAAAGAAGUUCAAGGCCUAUAAAGAGGCACAUCGUAGUCGACACUUUCUUCGGAUAUGACGAAGAGUCGAUGGACUCCGAGACUUCCUCGGUGGCUUCGUUCCGGAUGGACAGAACUCCGGCCACUCCGGACGAAGACCUGGACGAGGGUCUGGCAAACGAGGAGUCGGAGCUCCGUUUCCGCCAGCUGACCCGCGAGUAUCAGGCCCUGCAGCGAGCCUACGCCCUGCUGCAGGAGCAGAAAGGAGGCAUUCUGGAUGCAGAGAUGGAAGCAAAGGCUCAAGAGCAGCUCCAGGCAGAUGUUCUCAGGUAUAAAGAGAAAAUAGAGGACUUGGAAAAGGAGCUCACGCUGAAGGGACAGGACUCAAAGUGGGUGGAGGAGAAGCAGCUGUUUUUACGAAGGAAUCAGGAAUUAUUGGAGAAGGUGGAGAAGCUGGAUUCAGAAAACGGCCGGCUGCAGCAGGAGCUUCAGGACUCCAGAGACCAGAAUGAGCUGCUGGAGUUCAGGAUCCUGGAGCUGGAGGAGCGCGAGAGGAGAUCCCCGCCAUUCAAUCAUCUGAGGAUGCACCCUUUCUCAGAGGGGAUCAGCGCCUUGCAGAUUUACUGCAUGAAGGAGGGAGUUAAGGAUGUGUGCAUUCCAGAUCUAAUCAAACUAUUAGACAUCCUCGGAGAUAACGGGAACUUGAGGAAUGAAGAGCAGGUGGCCAUUAUUCAGGCCAGCACUGUUUUGUCCCUUGCAGAAAAGUGGAUCCAGCAGAUUGAAGGGACAGAAGCAGCGCUGCACCAGAAGAUGAUGGACUUGGAAAUAGAGAUGGAGAUGUUUUGCAAACAGAAAGGAUACCUAGAAGAGGAGCUGGACUACAGAAAACAGGCCCUGGACCAGGCCUACAUGCAAAUUCAAGAGUUGGAAGCAACCCUAUACAAUGCCCUCCAGCAGGACAAGGUAAUAAAGUACGGCGAGCCGCUGGACGAGCUGCAGAGGGACGAGCUGCGGACGGCGGUGGAGAAGCUGAGGAGGCAGAUGCUGAGGAAGAGUCGCGAGUACGACUGCCAGAUCCUCCAGGAGAGGAUGGAGCUGCUGCACCAGGCCCACCAGAGAAUCCGUGACCUUGAAGACAAGACAGAAAUCCAGAGGAGGCAGAUUAAAGACCUGGAGGAAAAGUUUCUAUUUCUGUUCUUGUUCUUUUCUCUUGCCUUUAUCCUUUGGCCUUGAAGCCUGUGGCGUGUCCCGUAGCAGAGGUGGCGUGUCAGCGUGGAGAUCUUGUUUGUGACUGCAGUGUUAUAUAUUUUCUGGACCAGCGUGAACCGGUGUGUGUAGCAGUGGCUGCUCGUGUCGUCACAUCAGUGACCACUGUCAGUAUCGGUGGACGUGUCGUUCAGUUCGUUGGCCCGUUCACACUUCAGAUGUCGUUUUAUUUCAUCUCUGAGAUAAUAUUGUUUCGAAAGCGGCUUGGGUUUCUCAGGAUCUUGCCCAGGAUUAUAUUUUUUACAGCCAUGCGGGACAUUAAACAUUACUCU